AUGUGGAACCAGAUACGAAAGUCCAUUCGGAAAUUUCUCUGCCCUGAAUCUGCAGAUUGUCUCUCCCAUCGAAAUAUUCAAGUUGCGAGCGAGACAGUGCAUGGUGAGAAAUUGGCUCAGCAAUGGGUGAGCUGUGAUGUUUGUGUAGAGGAAAGUAAAGAGUGCAAGUGUGAUCAAAGCACCCAAGAUUCAAAGACUACUGUGGUAAAUGAGGCAGAUGUUGAGCAUCAUACUGAGGCUAAUAGUUCUUUUGCUCAUUCUGUCCUCAACAUGAUUGGAAUGCUCAUAGGGCUUGGGCAGUUAUCAGCUCCAUAUGCUUUAGAAAAUGGAGGAUGGGCAUCCGCAUUCUUGCUAGUUGGACUAGGUGUAAUAUGUGCAUAUACAUCCUAUCUGCUAGGAAAAUGCCUUGCUAAGAGUCCCAAGUCGAGAAGCUAUACUGAUAUUGGACAACAUGCGUUUGGUUCCAAAGGAAGAGUUUUAGCUUCAGCCUUCAUUUACUUGGAGAUUUUCAUGGCCCUUGUUUCCUAUACCAUAUCCCUUCAUGACAAUCUCGUAACAGUAUUUGCAGGGACUCAGCUUAGGCUACCAAUAUGGGCUAAAUUAUCUACAUCUCAGCUAAUAACCACGAUUGGGGUGCUGGUAGCACUUCCUAGUCUGUGGCUGAGAGAUCUCUCUUCCAUAUCUUUCCUUUCAUCCGUGGGCAUUCUCAUGUCUAUUGCCAUUUUCACUUCUGUGGCAUGCACCGCCAUCUUCCGAGUUGUGAAAGCUAAUCACAAGAUACCUCUGUUCCAACUCCAUAAGAUUCCUGCCAUAUCUGGCCUUUACAUCUUCAGUUAUGCUGGUCACAUCGUUUUUCCCAACUUGUAUAAAUCCAUGAAAGAUCCAUCCCAGUUUACCAAGGUAUCUAUAGUGAGCUUCGCAUCGGUGACAGCACUUUACACAUCACUAGCAUUCAUGGGUGCCAAAUUAUUCGGCCGUGAAAUCAGCGCUCAGAUUACCCUAAGCAUGCCUCGACAUUUUAUCCUUACAAAGAUUGCACUAUGGGCAACAGUGUUUACACCCAUGACCAAAUACGCCCUUGAAUUUGCACCAUUCGCCAUCCAGCUAGAACGCAACCUUCCUGAUUCUAUUAGUUCCAGGACCAAAACAAUCAUAAGAGGCGCUGUGGGUUCAAUUCUGCUACUGAUAAUACUAGCUCUAGCACUCUCCGUUCCAUAUUUUGAGCAUGUCCUCAGCCUUACUGGCUCCCUUGUGAGUGUCAGUAUUUGCAUGCUUUUCCCCUGUGCCUUCUAUAUCAAGCUUUCAUGGGCUCAAAUAUCUAAGCCUGUUCUCAUCCUAAAUGUGAUCCUUCUUGCAUUUGGGUUACUUCUUGGGGUCGUUGGGACCAUAUCCUCAUCAAAGUUGCUCGUUACAAGUCUAAAAAGAGCUCGCUCUAGCUGA